AAAUCGCGAAAAAUUAUACUAUAUCACCAUUAGAAGAGAAAACAAGCGAACAGCAAGAAUAAUAGCCCAUGGCGUCGGCUCCUACGGUUUCGCCGGGACCCUCAGGAGCAGGAACCCCAGACAGUACAAAAAGAAAGCGAAAGGGGCCAUCAGGAAAAGAAUCAGACGAUGAUGACAGUCAACAGGGCGGGUCCUUUACCCAAGACCAAGUGGACAAGGAGCGGUUUGCCAGGGAGAGCCACUGUGAAAUUGAGAGACGCAGAAGAAACAAGAUGACAACCUAUAUAAACGAGCUUUGUGACAUGGUUCCCACUUGUAGCACUCUGGCCAGGAAGCCUGAUAAACUAACUAUACUUAGAAUGGCAGUGUCCCAUAUGAAAACGCUUCGAGGUACUAGUAUAGGAACGGGAAACACCAAUUCUGAUGGUUCCUACAAACCUUCUUUCCUUACUGACCAGGAACUCAAACACCUAAUACUAGAGGCAGCAGAUGGUUUCCUGUUUGUGGUUCAGUGUGAUUCUGGACGGAUCAUAUAUGUGUCAGACUCUAUCACACCAGUGCUCCACCAAUCACAGACGGAAUGGUUUGGGAACACCUUAUAUGAGCUAGUCCAUCCUGACGACCAGGAGAAAGUACGGGAACAAUUGUCCACAACAGAAUCUCAAAACACAGGUCGCAUCCUUGACCUCAAAACUGGAACAGUAAAAAAAGACAGCCACCAGACCUCUAUCAGGUUAUGUAUGGGAUCCCGACGAGGGUUUAUAUGUCGUAUGAAGAUGGGUAACGUACAAGUGGAUCCAAUGACAGCCAACCAUUCCAUACGUAUUCGCCAGAGAAACACGUUGGGGCCUUCACUCGACGGAAAUCACUACACUGUUGUACAUGUGACAGGCUACAUAAAAAACUGGCCUCCAUCAGGUGUACAGAUUGACCGUGACACAGAUGAGAAUGGUGGUGGUCACUGUUGCCUGGUGGCCAUUGGUCGCCUCCAAGUGACCAGUACACCCAACUGUAAUGAUCUUAUGGGACCAAAUGCAGCAACAGAAUUCAUAUCUCGUCAUAGUAUUGAGGGAAAAUUCACAUUUGUUGAUCAAAGAGUAACAGCGGUAUUAGGUUACCAGCCACAGGACCUCCUGGGAAAGUCUGCUUUUGAUUUUUACCAUCCAGAGGAUAAGGGUCAUAUGAAGGACACAUUUGAACAAGUGCUGAAGUUGAAGGGACAGGUCAUGUCUAUCAUGUACAGAUUUAGGGGCUCCAAUCAUGACUGGGUAUGGUUAAGGACAAGCAGUUUCAGCUUUCAGAACCCCUACACAGACGAGGUGGAAUAUAUUGUUUGUACAAACACAUCAGCCAAAAGUGUGCAGCAAGGCGCUUCGAGUGCUGGACCUGCCCCCAGUCUGAACACACCCCAAGAACAGGUGGCAGAUACCAACCAGUCAAUCACAUACAACACUCCACCCCGCCCACUGGCCUCGGAAACUAUCAACAAUAUGCCUACCAAACAGCCAGACUAUGAAUCAUACAACUACAACACUGUCAUGGGAGCUGGCAGUCGACAGGUUGGUAGACAGGAUAUGUAUUCCACAUACAACUCCCCCAACCAGCAGAUGAAGCAGUACCCCUCCCAGAGUGUAGCUGCAAGUAUGCCGAUAUCCCAGCAGACUCAGGGAUCAGGGGUCAGACGUAGCCCAAACCCUUCAGGAAGCUGGCCUUCCCAAGGGGGCUUCAAUCAAACACAGGGUGGAACUGACUUUGGGGGAAAUCCAGCAGCAGGCUACUCACAGAUCAGUCCUAACAGUUCAUCUCCAGCUGGUGGACCUACCUACACACAGCUGGGUGGAGGAUCUCAGGGAGGUGUCCCUAACUCACAGUCCAACAGUUUCACCCACUCCUCCCCCGCAGGUGCUGCAGGCACAGGCAUGUGGCCUCCUUCACAUUGGCAGGCUGGAGCUGGGGAUGCCACCCAAACUCAGCCACAGACAGGACCACAGGGACCCACUCAAGGACAGGGGCAAGCUCCACCCAGCCAGACUCAAGCUACCAACCCUCAGCAGCAACAGCCUCAAAAUGAAGAAUUCAGUGAUAUGUUUCGAAUGCUUGAUCAACAGGGAGGACCAGAGUUUAGUGAUUUGUCAGGCAUGUUUAACACAUUCACAGACUAGUACACGUUCCUCUGAGUGUUAUAGUAAAAUCUUCGUAAUAUAUUUGCAAAGAUUUCUUUAUCUCAAGUGUAUAAAUAAAACUUGUAUGAUUGUGGGAUAAAUUUCUGUUCCUUCACAACAUCAGUGCGAUGUCUUUUCAGACAUCAGAGCAUCUAUAUAUGUUGUAGCAAUGAUUUUGCAAUGGUCAUUCAUUUUGUUGGUACAAGUUGUCGUUUUGUGCACUGACAGGGCCAAAAAAUAAUUUCCAAAGUAUAGAGUCAUUUUGAGGUUUGUUUUAUGUCACACUUUUAUUUACCUAGUAGGUAUUUUAAUGUCCUUCUUUUAUGUGUACAAGUUUUCAAUAAUUUUUGGACUGGAUGUGACGCACACUCUUAAAGAAUAGUUUGUGUAUUUUUUUCAUAUGUGGAUAAGUUUUUAAAAACAUUAUGCAUAAUUGUCACCUUUCCUGUUGUAUUGUAAGGUUGUAAUUGGAGAAUCGUUUGAUAAAUAAGGGGUAGAGAAGUACAAUAUAGUCUUGUGCAAUCUAUUUGUUUAACUUUUUCAAGACCGACACCUUAGAUUAUCAAUAAUGCAUUUAUGGUCAUCAUACUAAUCAUGAAUAUUUUCCUUUAAUUUACGAAGAUUAUUAAGUUUUGUUUAUUUUUACCAAUGAAUUGAUGCUGAUUUGUUUGAUAUUUGAUAUUGUGUAUAAGAAAAAUUGUAUUGCUUUCAUGAAAUCUAUGUCCGCUGAUGAAAAAAAUUUGAUUUUGUCUACCAUAUUUUUAGUCCACUAUCUUCUGAUGACAGGUUAUUCAAAUCACCUUUUGUCUGUUAUUAGUCCAUCUGCUAACCCACAGCCUUGUAACAGUUACUGUUAUAAACGUUUCUUGAACUUUCUCAAUUUGAUAAUUAUGUUCCUGUUGGUCUGCUAUUGUGUCUUUUCAACAGCAAUAUAGGUCAAGAAAACAAAAAAAAAAAAAACAACAGCCACCUUUAUCAAGUUUUGACAGUUAAGGUUUUUUUUCAUCAUUUUUAAGAAGUACGAGAUGUGUCUUCUCAAAUUUCAUUCUCCUUGGUCCUUUAUUCCAUGUAAAUUUUAAGGCUGAUUAGCUCUGAAGAACUACUUGUUUCCGUUGUUGGAUCAUAGUACUAUAUGAUUCAUUUACCUGUCAAUACAACAGAUAAUCGGGAGUAAUCUAAAUAAAUCAACAUAAACCAAUGAAGAUCAGUGAUGGUGGGCAACACGAUCUGUCUGGGAUCUUGUGUUAAUGAUUGCGAGAAACAUCAUACAAUGUUAUAUACACUUGUCAUAAUGCUAGAGUUCUUGCUUUAUAAACCAUAUAUUUUUAGUCUGCAUUUCAGAGUUACCUCCCUCUUUUAUAUAUAGAUGCUUCCAGUUUUAGUGUUAUUUGACAUCAUUCUAUAAUUUACUGAUCAUUUGAUUGAUGUGUCUCUUUACUUGUAUGGAGAGAGUUUGUAGGGUAUGCCCAUUGCCCAUAUUCCAUUUGUCUUUGAGAACCUGAAAAUUAAAUAUUUUGAAUUAAAAAUAUAUAUUUAAAUGCUGACAUUUUAUAAGGUUCUUAAUGUGGAAUUAUCUGAAGUGAAAUUUUUAGGUAAUUUGUAUCUCAAAGAUAUUUUUAGGAUUUCAAUAACACAAAAAAUGUUGUAGGUUUGUCGAUACGGUAUCCUAACAAGUUAGUACUAUAUUCUAGGAAAUUCAUCUCAUUUAAUCCAUUGAUGGUUUGUUUCACUUCAAAAUCAGGCAAGCCUUCUUGAUAGAAAUUAACAUAUUGAUGUUUGGUUAUUGCAUGUUUAUAUGGACACCUAAAUAUGACAGAUUGUGACAGGAUCUUAAACGACAUUCUGUCUGAUUAUAUCAUAUUUCAAUAUGGUUACAUUCUUUUGAUGUAAAUAUUACCUGAUAGUAUAUGUAUUGCACCUAUGAAGUGGUUAUAAAUCCAUAGAAUACAUACUCAUCAUCUAUGAAAUUACCCUUAAUGUGUGAAUUUCUAUCAAAAGGAUAAAAAAGCAUUGUCAUCUUUUCUUUGAAAAUGUCCAUUGCUUUGACAUUGUGCAAUUAGCUCUGAUACUUUAAAGAAAUAAGUGGGGGCUCAUGAUAAAUAACAGUUGAUUCUGUCACAGUAAUUGAAUAGAUUAAAAUAUGGUACUUGGAAGAUUGCAUUGUCCAGAAAUAAUUUGACAAUAGCUGCAAUAACUCUUUUAAGUGCAAUAGGGAAAGAAACAUUUGAGUUGGUUUUAAAUUACACAGGAAAGAUAGACUUGAAAAAAGAUGUAAUUGGAUAAACUCAGAUUUGAAAAGAACUUGGGGCACUUUCACGUAAGCAGUUGAAAUGGUUGGACUGGUUAAACCUGCAAGAAAAAUGCAAGGUACAGAUCAGGACUGAGGCUAGACUGCGGAAUAUUUGGCAUGUGCAGUUUGAGGAGUCCAGUUGUACUUGUCCGAAACUAACUUGCUGAAUGUCCUUAGUUUUCAGAAUUUCAGUAUAAAAUGUAGGGUCAGUGCACUCGCAUAUUUCCAGGAGCAUUGUUAACCAUUUCAACUGUGUAACACGAAUGCAGCCAUUUUUUUUUUUUUUGUGAUUGUUGCAGUUGUUUAGAUUUUGUUAUUGCUAUAGAGAAAAUGUGCCAUAUUUUAUAAAAGAUUUAUUAAGAAGGAAAGAAAUGUGUUUUGAAAGAGGCUCUUUCAAUUCAUAUUUUAUGAUUUGUUUAUGAUUGCAGAAUUCAAAUCACUAUUCUGUUUGGUGUGAUUUCUUGUUUAUUUUGAAAAAGAUUGAGAAUUGAGUUAAUGUUUAGUUACUGAAAAAACAUUAUUACAGUCUCAUUGACUAUUCAAGUUAUAAUUUGCUACUUUUCACCAUGGUUUUCCUGGUUUUCUUUAGACAAUUUCAGGGUUGCUGAAAAUGUACCAGUUAGGUAUUGAGUACUUAAGCUUAUUUGAUAAUAUGUUGAUGUAGUAUACAUUUUGUACAUGCAGUAAAAUGUGAACCCCUUAAACAUUCAUAUUGAAAUCUAGAAUAUUGUUUACAAGCAGUUAGAUUUUUGUUCUGAAAUUUUAAUUUAUGAUAUGUGUUUGGUGCUUGAUAGAAAUUACUGUAGUGCUUGUACACGUUCUUUGAUUUUAAUUGUUGUUAGCCAUGCUUAUUAUUCCCAGUAGAUGAUGUUAGAAGUAGACACACACAGUGGUGUAUGUAUCCAGAGGAAUUUGUCCAUAGUUUGUUACACAAGUUGUUUAUGGUAUAAUUUUAGAUUUGUGAUAUAUGUGAACUUAUUAGAGAUAACAUUGUUGGUAUCAUGAUAUAUAUAUAUCCAUUUUAUACAGAAUUUUAUGCAUUUUUUUGUCCAUUCAUCCAUCAUCUUUGAUCAGAUUGUUGCAUUGUCUAAACAGAUCUAAAGAUAUCAGUUUGAAUUUGGUAGUAAUCUAAAGAAAUAUAUUUCCUUUUAUAGAUAUCAAUUUUACCUCAUUUCUGUGAAAGAUUUUUGAUAUUGAAAGAUGUUGAAGACUUUAACUCUCAGAUUUGAUUCAUGCAAUCCAUAUCUUUUGGAUAAUAAUCCACCUUUCUUACUCCUGAUGGAAGAGUUUCAUUAUGUAUAUGACUGAUAUUCUAAUUAGUUUUUGUUUAUUGACGUAUAGUGUUUGUAAAUUAAAGUGGCACCUUUCUUUCAGAUUCAUACCUAUUUUAGAACAGUGACAGAAAUCAAUUUAUUAUUUUCCAGGAAGAUAGAGAUAGAUCAUUUACAUUUUACCUUAUUCGUUAAGUAUCAUAGUAGGAUCACAUCAUCAAAAUAUCUCAUCCAAAGUGUGACCACAUUUUAACUGGAUCACAUUAUCAAUUAUUGCAGGCAUGUGUAAAAAUGGCAGCACUCAUGUUGAUAUGGCGGCUUUCUUCAACAAGGAUUUUUCAGAAAGUUUUCAGUGUAAGAGGACAAUAAUGACUAGAUGGUUUAAACGGUUGGUCUGUGGAUGUUUUACUUCCUUGUCACUGCAUUCAUGGAAACUGCAAUCAUUGUGAUCUCUGAUUGAAAUUCUGUCCUUUGGCACUCGUUUCUAUGUCUUAAUUCUCAAAAUAACAGGACCAGCUUUUGUCACUUUCCAAAUGAAGAUUUUGCAGAUAUUGUUUUGUAAGAUGCUCAAAGCAGAUUUGUAGAAUUUCCAAUCAUCAAAAUGAUUAUUCUUUCUAGUAUAAACUUUAUUUACAACAAUGUCGAAGAAAGUUUAUCCAACUUAUAUUAAUCACUCUUGUUGGCCCGAAUGGAAGCGCAUUAGGGGUCCUACUGUGGGAGGAAACCGAAGUACCCAGGGAAACCCAUGUAGUUGGCCAGGUGAUCCCAUACCUUUCACAUCCAUCCCUGGAAUCGAACCCCGGAUGGCUAGGUGAAAGGCGAGUGUAUUAACACUGUGCCACCCUACCACCCAUCCUUUUACAUUUCGAUUGUAGUUUUCUUGCCAUCCUUUUAUUGUUAUAAAUAAAAAAAAUGUACUAAUUUUUCAGAUUUACAAUGAGGUGUUUUGUAAAUCAUUAGUUUUUAAGACAACAAAUUUUAGAGUUAAAUGACAGGUUAGUUAGCCACAAGAAAUUAUGUAUCAUUCAUAUGAAUUUAAAAAGACAUUAUUAUGAAAACAGGUAUAACACAUUUUACUGUAAACAAUAUGUACAGUAAAAUUUUACUAUAUUGUAGAAAAAAUUUGGAUCUUUGGAGUUACCAAUAUAAGAUGGAAAGUAAAACAGUUGAUUUAAAUAAAGGUGAAUAAUAUCUUGUACACAUUGUAUAUAUCUUUAACAUUUUAUAUUAACUUUACAGUGUGACAAUGUGAACCUGGACUACUAUAAUUAAGGAAACAAAAAUUGUACAAAUAUGAUGAGAAAUUUUUACAAAGUUAUUACUAACCUUUGAAAAAAAACCAAUCAGAACCAAUUUUCUUGUCUUAUUUUUUUUCCACUUAUCAUUAUUAAAAAAAUUGUCAACACUCCUUGGAUUUUUGUGAGUGAGGGGUGAGAGCAUUUUAAACUUACAGAUUGACCUUUGACAAUCCAAUGCAGAUAUUGGAAAGUUUUCUUACUAGAGUGAAUAAAAAACAUCUCUUACAGACAACCAAUGGACAAUAAACCAUAGGACAAACAGGGUUUCUUGUGUAGAAAGUAGCUCUGUCCUGUAUACCAAAUUAAUCAUCCUUCUUUUUUGUACAUCAUUUUUAUUGUGAUCCUUUCACCUUGAAUAUUUUGUGUAAACAGAUUGAUUCUGUUGUCCUUCGGAGUACUGUAAUUCUGUAUAAUUGAAAUUUUGCUAUUAAAUAUCAUAACAAUGAUA